AUGCCGAGCCUCCCGCAUGAGCUCGCCCAUGCCCAUCUAAACGUCACCCUGGCUCUCAUCCUGGGCGGCAUGAAUCUCGUCGAGGAGAUCGAUUUUCUAGCCAAUGCACAUGUCUACUCUGGCGGCCACACAAAACGGCCUGACCAGAGUUACAUUCCGUCUGUUCUCCCCGCCGGCCGCUCUGGCGUAUGGCCCUCUGUGGUGAUAGAGACGGGGUAUCCGGAGAGAAGCGCCCGGUGGUGGCUGGAAGAGUCUAGAGGAGACGUCCGGGCUGUGAUAUCUGUCUCUGUGCAUCAGAAGAUGAGGAAGAUCACUCUGACUCACUGGCAGGCUGUUCCUCCUCGUCGCCCAACCCGAGCAACGGCAGGCCAGCUUGUGGCACAAGGGACUCAAGAAGUGGUCAUCACACAGGAGGACAAAGAUUCUCCCAUUGAGGUCACCAACGGGCCAUUUGUGGUUCCGUUCAGCAGCUUUUUCCUUCGUGACGCCACUCCGGGCACGGCUGAGAAGGACAUCGAAUGGUCAGUGGACAGUCUGAAGCUUCUGGCAAGGAAAGUGUGGGCAAAGCAUCCGAACGUCUAG